AUGGAAGCCUUUCCUGACAACUGCGCAGUGAUCGUCAAGAAAACCUGGCUCUUCAUAAGCCCAUUUGGUUUGGCAGCUGCGCUGAGUGGCGCCAUAUUCGUUGAAAGAGGAACAAAGAACAACAUGGACGUGUUACAAAAAGUGGUUGAUAACAUUCACAAGAAGAAGUGCCGUGUGUGGUUUUUCCCUGAGGGUACCAGGAAACUAUCGGGUAAGAACAUACAUGUAGAAGAACCCAUGCUACCAUUCAAAAUGGGUGCAUUCAACAUUGCCGUUCUUGCACAGAUUCCAGUGGUCCCUGUUGUGUUUUCAUCUCAAGAUAAAUUCUUUAGCUACGCAGAUAAGAUGUUCAAACCAGGAAGGAUUGUUGCCAGCAUCUUGCCUCCAAUCUCGACCAGUAGUCUAACCCUGGAAGAUGUUCCACGACUCACGGACAAAGUGAGAACAAUGAUGAUUGAGGAAUUCAAAAGAAUUUCUGAAUGAAAAAAAAAGAAGCUUUUUCAACACAAAAACACCCUUGUUUUUUAUCAGAGAACUGAUGAUUAACUUCAGGGUAUUCGUGUCAGCAAUGUUUAUUAACUACUUCAGUUUAGUUUAAUUUCAUAUUUCACAUUAAUACAUGUAUAAUAUAAACCAUUAACACUAACAAUUAAUGAAAAUUAUUUGAGUCCAGGGGCCGGGUUUAAAGCUCCAGCUACUUGCUCCCUCUAUAUAGAAAACAAUGCCUAAUCGGUGUCCAUUGGUCCCCAUGAUCCUCUUUUUCU